UGUGCCUCAGCAUUCGCAGCUCUUCUCACCUCUGACGGGUUUUGUUGGUAGAACGUCUCCGCGUUCGCUCUGCACAAUCCGGCGUGGAGAACUUUAGCAGGUCAGAAAGGGGAGCAGUGGGGAGCAGUCAUGUUUAAACUACUCAGCCACCAAAAGAAGAGGUUGCCAAGUUGUUUGACAGGGCAGCGGCGCUAUGAGCACCACAGGGCCAUCAUGGCCAUACGCCGGGAAGACAUUAACCCAUGGGAAAGGAGGGCACCGCUGGCCCCACGCCACGUUAGAGAGCUCACCAAUGCCGGAGUCAAAGUCCUGGUCCAACCGUCCAACCGCAGAGCUAUCCAUGAAAAGUACUACUCGAUGGCUGGAGCCGUCAUCCAGGAAGACAUCUCAGAGGCUUCACUGAUUAUCGGAGUUAAGAGGCUACCAGAGGAGAAGGUCAUGGAGAAGAAAACGUACGCUUUUUUCUCACACACUAUCAAGGCCCAAGAGGCUAACAUGGGGCUUCUGGAUGACCUGCUGAAGAAGGAGGUUCGCCUGAUCGACUAUGAGAAGAUGGUUGAUGCUAAUGGCUACCGGAUUGUAGCGUUUGGCCAGUGGGCUGGUGUUGCAGGUAUGAUUAACAUCUUGCAUGGAUUGGGGCUGCGCUUCCUGGCUCUUGGUCACCACACACCCUUCAUGCACAUUGGUAUGGCUCACAAUUACAGAAAUGUCAGCCAGGCCAUCCAGGCAGUGAGGGACUGUGGCUAUGAGAUAUCCAUGGGGCUCAUGCCCAAAUCCAUCAGCCCUGUCACAUUUUGUGUCACUGGAACUGGAAACGUCUCCAAGGGAGCCCAAGACAUCAUUAAUGAGCUUCCUGUUGAAUACGUUGAACCCCAUGAGUUAAAGGACGUCUCAAAGACUGGAGACGUGAACAGAGUGUUCGCCACCGUUCUGAGCCGACACCACCACCUGAUGAGGAAGAGCGAUGGCAUCUAUGACCCUAUAGAGUAUGAGAACCAUCCCGAGCUGUACACUUCACACUUCAGGACCAGUGUGGCGCCCUACACAACUUGUCUGAUCAAUGGUAUUUACUGGGAUCCCCACACUCCUCGGCUCCUCAGGCGACUGGAUGCCCAAAAACUGAUGCGCAGAAGCAUGCCUGCAGCUGGUGCGGGAUCACCAGCGCUGCCGCACAAGCUGCUGGCUAUCUGCGACAUAUCAGCGGACACUGGCGGCUCCAUUGAGUUCAUGAAUGAGUGCACCACCAUUGAUCGGCCUUUCUGUAUUUAUGACGCUGACCAGCACAUAGACCAUGACAGUGUCGAGGGAAACGGGAUCCUUAUGUGUUCCAUUGACAAUCUUCCUGCUCAGCUCCCCAUCGAAGCCACAGAGUAUUUUGGAGACCGACUCUUUCCAUACAUUUGGGAGAUGCUCCCUUCAGAUGCCAACAGACCAUUAGAGGAAGAGGACUUCAGCCCACAAGUCAGAGACGCUGUCAUUACUUCAAACGGAGCGCUCACCCCAAAGUUUGAAUACAUUGAAAAACUUCGAGAAAGAAGGGAGAAGGAUCAGAUCAUGAGCAAAGCUGGGAUGAAGCGAGUUUUGCUGCUGGGUUCAGGAUACGUCUCUGGGCCCGUUGUUGAGUAUCUGACUCGCAAUGAGAAGACUCAGGUCACUGUGGCGUCAGUGCUGCUGAAGCAGGCAGAGGAGCUGGCAGCUAAAUACCCCAACACUAUCCCCAUUACGCUGGAUGUCACCAGCCAGGAGGGACACCUCGACUCUCUGAUCAAAGACCAUGACUUGGUCAUCAGCUUGCUACCAUACUCAUUCCACCCACUCAUUGCCAAACACUGCAUCAAGAGGAAGGUGAAUUUGGUGACGGCCAGCUACCUGAGUCCUGCCAUGAAGGAGCUGCACAGCAGUGCGGAGGAGGCCGGAAUCACCAUCGUCAAUGAGAUGGGACUGGACCCGGGUAUCGACCACAUGCUGGCCAUGGAGUGUAUCGAUAAGGCUAAAGCUGAAGGCUGCACUGUGGAGUUGUACAGCUCCUUCUGUGGUGGUCUUCCUGCUCCAGAAUGUUCAGAUAAUCCCCUCCGCUACAAAUUCAGCUGGAGUCCAAUGGGUGUCCUCACCAACACCAUCAGUCCUGCCGUCUACAUCAAAGACAACCAGGUGGUAAACGUCCCAGCUGGUGGUUCUCUGAUGGAGGCCUCCAUGCCUAUGGAUUUCCUUCCUGGUUUCAACUUGGAGGGAUUCCCGAACCGCAACAGCACUAUAUACGCUGAGCCGUACGGCAUCCAGACAGCUCACACUCUGAUUAGAGGAACACUGCGCUUCAAGGGUUUUGCCAAGGCCAUGAGUGGUUUUAUCAAACUGGGUCUGAUUAACAAUGAGCCUUGUCCUAUCCUGCAGCCCACUUCAUCUCCCGUUUCCUGGAAAGAGCUCCUCUGUAAGCAGAUGGGAUUGUCCUCCUCUCUGUCCAAUGAUGCUUUUGAAGAAACUGUGUGUGAACACCUGGAAAAGGAUGACUUUAGGAUGGACACCCUAAGAUGGCUUGGGAUGCUGAGCGACGAGCCGGUGCCACAGGCUGACAGCACUCUGGCCGCUCUAACAAAACAUCUGGAAGCAAAGCUGUCAUUCAAUAAGGGCGAACGAGACAUGAUCAUCCUGAGGAAUGACGUGGGGCUCCGGCACCCGACGGGCGAGCUGGAGACCAAACACAUCAGCCUGGUGGUGUACGGUGACAUCGGCGGUUUCUCUGCCAUGGCCAAGACUGUGGGAUACCCAACAGCCAUAGCUGCUCGCAUGAUCCUGGACGGUGAGAUCAACAAAAAGGGUCUGGUGGUUCCGAUGACACAGGAUAUCUAUGGGCCCGUGCUGGCUCAGCUGAAGGAAGAAGGACUGAACUUCAUGUCCAAAAGCACCCUACUGGAUUAGAACUGAGCGUCCAAGCAAAACCAGUAACCCCCUGUAAAUCCAAAUCCAAGGAUUCCAAAGAUCAUGUUAAAAAAAAGAAUUAUAAUAAUCCACACAAGUCAACAUUGAGGGUCUGAUAAGAUAAAUAAUAGUGUUUUUUUUGUUUGUUUGUUUGUUUUUGGUGACAAAGUUUAAUUGCACCAAACAUGUUAAAUGAGUCUAAACUAAAAACCCGAACACAUUAUAGUGCAUUAUAAACAUAAUAUAAUGUGUUUGACAUAAUGUGCACAUAGACCGCUUGUUACACACACACAAUCUUUAUGCACCGAUGCAAAAGAUCUGUUUUGUAUGCAGAACAAAUGGUUUCUGCCCCAAAUACAGCAAAUAUGAAGAGAGAGAGAGAGAAUGUAGAUCACCGUCUUGCCUUUAUUAACCGAGUAAAACAUGGAUGGAUCCGGAUGAGUGUACUGUACAAAAUAAUUUCAGUAUUUGUAAAAAUGUCUACAUUAACACAGCAAACGGUUAUAAAUGAGAUGUUUAUAUUCAUUCAUUGACACGCGUGCACAGGCAGAAUGAAGGAGAGCUUGUGAAUCAAAACAAAAAUAAUGUAGUCGUUAUCCAUAGAAGUAAACAAUGCUACAAAUCUGCUGUUUGAGCCUGUGGCCUCAAACCAUUUGUCUGAAUUUCAUGAAUUCAUGGGAUGGUUUUUACUGUGAAAGUGCAGGAUUGCCAACAGUUUGAAGGUCAGACAGCUCCCACUGUUACUGCCUCUUUUCAUCUUGUUGGUCGUGUUUUUAGAGUUUAACACUGGAAUCAGUUACGGACGAUAGAGAAAACAGAACGAUUUUCACACCUGCUGAUGUUAGAAACUAUCACCACAGUCUGCUUAUCUUAGCAACCGAAUAGCAUUUCAAAUGUAAUGCUCACAUUUGAGAAUUUAGUCUUUUGGGUGGUUCUCACCAGUGGGUCACCAGCCUCCGUCUUGCCCGAUCAGUUGUUGUUGUCAUUUAUUAACUCAUGACUGACUCAGUCAUUUAAAAAUAUGAUCAGGUAACAUUGAUACUCGACUUGUGUCAUGCGCCGAGUUUAACCUUGAUUGACGCGUACGAGUGAAUCAGUUUUGUGUUCUUCAAAAUGGUGAAUAGAUCUCGUCUGAACCUGAACCUGAGAUAUUUAUUUUAUUUUGUCAGUGGUGAGUGUGUGUGUGUGUGUGUGUGUGUUCACCUUGGAAAUGGUUUGUUACAUUUAAAGAGGGAAAUAAAUAUGUACCGGAGAUAUAUAUUUUUUCUGUAAUAUUAUAGCAUUAAUUUUGGAUAUGUACUUUGUAAGUGGACUUUGGGGGUGUUUUUAAGUACGAGUGAUGUUUUUGGAUAUAUUUUGGGUCUGAGUUCUCCUCAGAUUUAAAAGAUAUAAAAUAAAGGUUGUAACAAAUCCAGUUGAAACUUAUAAUGACACCAACACUAAUUUUAAUGUCAGAAAAUGACUAGUACUAGUUUGGCUUGCCUGCAACAAUUUUCAAUGUUUUCUCUGUCAAGUUUGGCGUUAAUGCACAGUGUUAUUCUUGACUAAUAAACAGACAUUCAUUUGUAAAA